GAGGCGCUGUCAGGGAGGGAGUGGGGGAUGGUCAUACAGGGAGAGAGAUGGCCGAUCAGGGGUUCCUUAUGGAAGUCUGUGUGGAUUCGGUGGAGUCUGCAGUGAACGCUGAGAGGGGAGGCGCUGGACGUAUAGAACUGUGCGCCAGUUUGCUGGAAGGAGGAGUAACCCCCACCAUAGGUCUUCUGCAGGUAGUGAAGCAGUAUGUGCAAAUCCCUGUAUAUGUGAUGAUUCGGCCGCGAGGUGGAGACUUUCUCUACUCUGACCGAGAGGUGGAAGUCAUGAAGGCUGACAUCCGACUAGCAAAAAUACAUGGGGCCGAUGGACUGGUGUUCGGGGCCCUGACAGAAGAUGGCAGAAUCGAUGCAGAACUGUGUAUGGAUUUACUUGCCGUCUCUCGCCCCCUUCCCGUCACUUUCCACCGAGCAUUUGACAUGGUCUACGAUCCUCUGCUGGCUAUGGAGACGCUGAUCUCACUAGGGUUUGAGCGGGUGCUGACCAGCGGGUGUGACAGCUCAGCACUGGAAGGUCUGCCUUUAAUAAAGAGGCUCGUGGAACAGGCUAAAGGCAGGAUCAUAGUGAUGCCAGGUGGCGGCAUCACAGAAAGGAACCUCCACAGAAUUCUGGAAGGCGCCGGGGUUCAGGAAUUUCACUGUUCUGCACGAUCUACCAAGGAGUCAUUAAUGAAAUACAGAAACAACUCUGUGACCAUGGGAGCUGCACUCACUACCUCCGAGUAUGCCAUCAAGGUUGCCGACGUGACCAAAGUCAGGACAUUGAAUGCUAUGGCAAAGAAUUUCCUCUGAAACAACCUCCCAUGGAGCCGCAGGGAAUGUGGUGUUGCAUCAACACAGAAGAUUGGUACCUGGAAUACUGUGCUGACUGGUGGUUGGGUAGCUAAAGGGCCGGCCAUGGUGUGGAGGCGAUUGCAUGAUGGAUUUGAGGUUUAUUUGUUCUGAUUGUCCACUAUAGGUGAAGAUGUGAUUGAUUGGAGAUCUCCUGUAACACAGUCCUGUGAUGUUCAGACCAGCUCUGUGCCAAGGAGGGAAUACACACAUUGUUCUUUUAAGGGCUGCAUUCACACGCAGUGGAAAAAUCCAUGCUGCGGAUCUUAACAUCUGCAGUAUGUUGAUUAUUGGAAAGGCUGCAGAUUAGCCCCAUUGAUUGACAGUGGGGCUAAUCCUUGUGCAGAUCUGC